UUAAUCAGCAUCAAAUCUACCAGCCCCACCACAUAAAUUGUCAAGCAUCAUCCAUGGUGCUUGAAGCUGGUUUUUCAAGAUUGUCCUCGAAACAGAGACUGUCUUCAAGCUCAAAGAAUGAUCAACAGGGAAGACAAACAUGACUCCCCAUGAAGCAAUGGCUGCAGAUGAUAUUCUUUCCAUGUCUACCUCUUUCCAGCUUCUCGAGUGCUUCUUUACAAGCCUCUCUCUCUCUACUCAUAUUGCUCCUGGCACCUCUCUUCCACCUCUCAUAUGGCGAUGUUGGCACUUGUGCCUACUACAGCGCCCCAUAUUUACCCACUGCCUGCUAUGGAAAUUCAUCAUCACAAUUCCCAUCAAGCAACAUGUUUGCCGCAGCCGGCGAGGGAAUAUGGGAUAACGGUGCAGCCUGUGGGAGACAAUACUUGGUGAGAUGUAUUAGUGCAGCUGUCCCUAGAACUUGCCUUCCGGACCAGAUGGUUCAGGUUAGGAUUGUGGAUCGUGCGCAAACGUCAAGGUCAAGACCUUCAUCGGACGGUGCCACCAUUGUCCUUGCCACGCCCGCAUUUGGUACCAUCGCAGACCCUUCAGCACCAUCAAUUAACGUAGAAUUUCAACAGGUUUGACGAGGAGAACAUUUGUUUCUAGAAAAAUGUGCAAGAGGGCGAGAAGUCAAUGUGAUUAGUCAUGCGGGUUAGCUGGUUAACCCAUAGUAUUGAUUGGAUUUUGUACCUUUCAACACGUUCAAUAAAUUAAAUAUUAAUUAAGCAUAUUGUUAAUCAACUCUAUACCUUCUAGA